AUGUCCGCGCGCGCCGGAGGCUUCCUCCCGCCGCGGCCCCGGGCCCUGGCGCCGGCCGCGCCUCUGCUGCUGUUGCUGCUGUUGCUGCUGCUGCUGGACGCCGGCGGCGGGCGCUGGGGCGCCUGGGCCCAGGAGCCGGGGGCGGCGGCGGCGGACGGGUCCCCCGCGGCCGACGGCGGGGACGGGCAGGACCCGCACGCCAAGCACCUGUACACGGCCGACAUGUUCACGCACGGCAUCCAGAGCGCCGCGCACUUCGUCAUGUUCUUCGCGCCCUGGUGUGGACACUGCCAGCGGCUACAGCCUACCUGGAACGACCUGGGAGACAAGUACAACAGCAUGGAGGACGCCAAGGUGUACGUGGCCAAGGUCGACUGCACGGCCGACUCGGAUGUGUGCUCCGCCCAGGGCGUGCGUGGGUACCCAACCUUGAAGUUUUUCAAGCCUGGCCAAGAAGCUGUGAAGUACCAGGGUCCCCGGGAUUUUCAGGCCCUGGAAAACUGGAUGCUGCAGACACUGAACGAGGAAACCCCCACGCCGGAGCCCGAGGCGGAGCCACCCCAAGCCCCCGAGCUCAAGCAGGGCCUGUACGAGCUCUCGGCCGGCAACUUUGACCUGCACGUGGCACAAGGAGACCACUUUAUCAAGUUCUUCGCUCCGUGGUGUGGUCACUGCAAAGCUCUAGCUCCGACCUGGGAGCAGCUGGCUCUGGGCCUUGAACAUUCCGAAACUGUCAAGAUUGGCAAGGUUGAUUGCACACAGCACCAUGAACUCUGUUCAGGAAACCAGGUCCGAGGUUAUCCUGCUCUCCUCUGGUUCCGAGACGGUAAAAAGGUUGAUCAGUACAAGGGGAAGCGGGAUCUGGAGUCGCUGAGGGAGUACGUGGCAUCGCAGCUCCAGAGCACGGAGAGGGGCGCCCCGGAGCCCGCCCAGCCCUCGGAGGCCCCCGCGCUGGCCGCUGAGACCGCGGCCGACCAGGGCACCGUGUUGGCACUGACGGAAAAUAACUUCGAUGACACCAUCGCAGAAGGCAUAACCUUCGUCAAGUUUUAUGCCCCAUGGUGUGGGCAUUGUAAGAACCUGGCUCCUACCUGGGAGGAACUCUCUAAAAAGGAAUUCCCUGGCUUGGCGGAGGUCAAGAUCGCCGAGUUGGACUGCACUGCAGAACGGAACAUCUGCAGCAAGUACUCGGUACGAGGUUAUCCCACAUUGCUGCUUUUCCGCGGAGGCAAAAAAGUCAGCGAGCAUAGCGGGGGUCGAGACCUGGAUUCCUUGCACCACUUUGUCCUGCGCCAGGCGAAGGAUGAACUGUGA